AUGCCCUUCAUAUAUAGCCGGCGCAGGUCGACUAAUCCUCGCCACAGCGCACCCAAAGCGGCAAGUCAAAACCAGGGAUAUUUUCACUUAUCGGAGGCUUCGGCCUACUCAAUAGGGGAAGGGCCGUGGAAAAAUGGCCACUUGGCAGCCGCUGAGGCUAGGGUUUGCAAGCAAAAUCUAGCAAAGAAAUUCAUACUGGGGUUGAUCGCCCGAACUUACGGCGGUAAUUGUCCGGGACCUUGCCGUAGAGUUUCCCGGGUCUUCAUCCUAAAAUGCGUCCUAUCAUUGCCAAGUUUACCGUUUUUUCCGUGGUCAAAUACUCGGAAAUCCAGGUUUACAAUGUAA